GUGGGUCUCUCUCUCUCUCCCGCCAGUGCGUUCGUGGACGUCGGAGGGGACGGACGGAAACAAGAUGGCGGAUCCGGAUGGGAAACGGGGAGCGAAAGAGGAAGAGGAGAGAACGAGAAGAGAGAAGAGGAGAGAAAGAGAGAGAAGAGAGAAGAGGAGAGAAAGAGGGAGAUAAAGAAAAUAGAAGAGGAAUGCAGGAAAUUGAAAGAGGAGAACGAACAACACGCAAGAAAUAUUGAAGAACUGGAUAAGCAACACCAGAACGCGAUCGAUUGCAUUCUGCAAAAGCGAACGGAGAUACAGAAGGAACUGAUAAAGGAGAGACAAGAGAAAAGCCAAUUAGAAAUGCAGUUGAAAGAAAGAGAAAUGGAGAAGAAGGAGAAGGAGAAAGAGAGAGAAAGGGAGAAGGAGGAAGAGAGAGAGAAAGAGAGAGAAAGAGAAAGGGAGAAAGAGAGAGAAAGGGAGAAGGAGAGAGAGAUAGAGAGAGAGAUGCUAAAGAAGACGUUGGAAGAAGAGAAAGAGAGAAGAAAGAACUUGGAAGAGAAACAAGAGGAGAUGAGAAAGACGUUGGAAGAGAAGGAAAAGGAAGAGAAGGAACUGAAGAUAAAAUUGGCGAAGGAGGAAGAGGAGAAAGAAGCGAUAAAAGCAAAACUAACGAAAGAGGAAGAGGAGAAAGAGACAAUAAGAACGAAACUAUCCGAAAGGGAACGAGAAAUCGAGAAAGUCAAGGUGGACCUCGAGCCCAAGGUUGACCUCGAGCCCAAGGUGGACCUCGAGCAAAAACGCCAGCUGGAGGAGCAGGUCGGCCUCCUGGAGUCGCGCUGCUCCCUCCUCGAGUCGGAGCUCCAGGCCAAGGCCCAGGAGCUCUCCAUGUCGGCCCACGAGUGCGAGACCUUGAGGAAGAGGUCCAAGGACGAGCUCGAGGAGGUGCGGAAGGCCCUCGGAAGCCACGCCAGGGAGAAUCCCGACAGCGUAGCCAAGGGCGUGCACCGUCUGGCCGACCUCCUGAGGGACACCGGCUGGCAGAGGGACACCCUGGAACGGCACGUCUCGAGCGUCACGCAGGAGCUGAGGGAGAAGAGGAGGAUGCUGGAGGAGGCGGAGAGUGCGAGGGCCGAGCUGGAGCGCGAGUGCGAGGACCUCAGGGACCAGCUGGAGGAGGUGCAGAAGGGCGAGCGUCCGACCCCUGAAGGAGGACCUCGAACUGGAGGAGGAGGUGGAGGAGGAGGAGGUCUUCCGACGAUCGAGGAGGAGGAGGACGCGGAGGGGGAGGGGGAGGAGGCCAGGAGGUGUCCUACUCUCGGUGGGGAGAAGGAAGAGGAGGAGGAGAUGGAGGAAGAAGGAAGGACGGAUGGGAAGAACAGGAGGAGGAAGAAGGAAGAUGAAGGGAAGAAGGAUGAAGAGGACGAGGAGGAAGACGAGGAGGAUGAGUCUUCGAGAAGGAGCAGGAUCCACCAACUCGAGGCCCAGGUGGAGGCCCUCUCGGAAGCGCGCAGGAACUUAGAGACGGAGGUGUUAAGUCUGAGGGCCGAACAGGGGGACAGGGAGGAGGGACGCGCGGGGAACAUCCUCAAUCUGGAGACGGAGGCCGCGUCCCUGAGGCAGGCCAAGGUCGUGCUCGAGGAGGAGGUCGCGGCGCUCAAGGCCGAGGGGCUGAGGAGGGAGGAGGAGAGGGAGAGGUUGGAGGAGGAGGUGCGGGUACUAAGGACGGAGGGACAGGCCGUGAGGGAGGAGAGGGAGAGGCUCGCCGGGCAGCUCGACACCCUGACGAGGCAGCUCGACCUCGAGGCCGUGACCCACAAGGACGAGCGAGAGGGCCUGGAGGAGAGGCAGCACGUCCUCGAGGAGAAGGUCCGCUCCCUGGAGGACGAGCUGGCGCACCUCAGGGCCUCAGAGGGACUCAACGCCCACGAGAGGCAGUCCCUCGGCCAGCAGCUGCUCCUCCAGUACCGCGCCGUCGAGGAGCGGAACGAGCUGAUCUCAAGGCUCGAGGGGGAGCUCCGCGAGGCGGCCCUCAAGCAGGCCGUCCUCCAGGCGCCGGAGAGGACCCUGGAGGAGCUGAGGACGAGGCUGGAGGAGCGGGAGAAGGAGCUCGACGCGGCCAAGUCCCAGAUCAUUUUCAAGGACGACAAAGUGGACGAACUGACCCAGCGUCUUUCGGAACUCGAGGGCAAGGUCCCGGGGCUGGAGAAGAGCCUCUCCGAGCGCGACGAGAAGAUGCGAGAACUGAACGAGGCGAUAAAACUACGAGACGAGAAGGUUAGUGAACUGACGAGGAAUCUGUCCGAGACGGAGGACAGAACGACGGAGACGGACGCCCUCAGAGAGCAGGUUGUGAAGGAGAGAGAAGAGGUGGAGAGGAUAAAAGAGGAAUUGGAAAGGAAGAGAGAAGAGGUCGAGAGAAUGAAAGAAGAGGCGGAAAGGAAGAACGGAGAGAUGGAACAGAAGAAAGGAGAGGGAGAGAGGGAUAGAGAGGAACUGGAGAGAAAUAAAGAGCAACUGGAACACAGCGAGACGGAAUUAUUCCAACUGCGAGAGAAAAUGGAAGAACUGAUAAACGAGAACAAGAGGAGAGAGGAAGAGGAGAAGAAGAGGAGAGAGGAAGAGGACAGGAAGAAGACGGAAGAGAGAGAAACCUGGAACAAGGAGAAAGAAGCCCUCGAAAGGGAGAUAGAGAGAGCGAAGAAACAGGACGACAGCACAAUCCAACAAAGGAGGGAAGAGGAGGAGAAAGAAGAAGAGGAGAAAAACAGGAUGAAGCAACAGAUUGAAUGUUUCAGAGGAGAAAGAGAAGAGAUGAUAAAGGCGCUGAAACAGAAACACGAAGAGAGCUUAGCUUAUCACGCGGAGGUGCAGAGACUCUCGGCAGUGUUGGUGCAGAUGAACGAGCACACGAAGGAAUUCGAAAGAGCGAAGAAGGAAGAGGAAGAGAAGAUAAAGAUGGAACUGGAGAAAACCAAGAGAGAAGAGGAGAGGAUAAAGACGGAGCUGGAGAAAGCGAAGAGAGAAGAGGAGAAAGCGAAGAGGGAAGAGGAGAAAGCGAGGAGAGACCAGGGCGAAUGGGAGAAGGGACAGAAAGCGAUAAAGGAGGAGAGGGACCAACUGCGAUUGGCUAAUGCGCAGUUUAAUAACCAGUAUCAGGAACAGAGCAAGGAGCUGGGCCAACUCCGCGAGCGCGAGGGCCGGCUGGCGAGCGAGUGCGAGAGACUGAGGCAACACCUGAUAAACGUGGAAGAGGCAUACACGCAAGAGAUAGUGAAGGGGGAAGAGAGGGAGACCACGCUAAAGAAGGCGCUAAGCAAGAUGGAGGAGAGGAUGGUGACCGUGGCGGCCAGCCAGAGGCCUUCCCCCCACACCGAGGCCGUGGUGGAGCAGCUGCGGGAGAUGACGAGCCAGCGGGACGACGCGGUGCUCAGGCUGCACGACGCGGAGGAGACGGCGCAGCAGAGCCAGCAGAGCCUUGCAACGUUGCAGAAGGUUCUUGAGGACUUCCAGAGACGGCAGUCGCGGGAGAUCCUUGACGCGACGGACAGGCAGGCGAGGGCGCUUCAGGAGGAGAAGCAGAGGAGCUUAGGACUGGAGGAGGACAUUAGGGUGUUGAAGAUGAACGAGCACACGAAGGAAUUCGAAAGAGCGAAGAAGGAAGAGGAAGAGAAGAUAAAGAUGGAACUGGAGAAAACCAAGAGAGAAGAGGAGAGGAUAAAGACGGAGCUGGAGAAAGCGAAGAGAGAAGAGGAGAAAGCGAAGAGGGAAGAGGAGAAAGCGAGGACGAGACCAGGGCGAAUGGGAGAAGGGACAGAAAGCGAUAAAGGAAGAGAGAGACCAACUGCGAUUGAGGCAUACACGCAAGAGAUAGUGAAGGGGGAAGAGAGGGAGACCACGCUAAAGAAGGCGCUAAGCAAGAUGGAGGAGAGGAUGGUGACCGUGGCGGCCAGCCAGAGGCCUUCCCCCCACACCGAGGCCGUGGUGGAGCAGCUGCGGGAGAUGACGAGCCAGCGGGACGACGCGGUGCUCAGGCUGCACGACGCGGAGGAGACGGCGCAGCAGAGCCAGCAGAGCCUUGCAACGUUGCAGAAGGUUCUUGAGGACUUCCAGAGACGGCAGUCGCGGGAGAUCCUUGACGCGACGGACAGGCAGGCGAGGGCGCUUCAGGAGGAGAAGCAGAGGAGCUUAGGACUGGAGGAGGACAUUAGGGUGUUGAAGACACAACUCCAGGAAGCGCAGAACGGACUGGACGCGGCUUCACGGCUCGGGGAACAGCUGAACCGGAAGGAGAGCGUCAUCGCGUCCCUUAGGGCACAGGUGUCCAGUCAGGAGGAAGUGGUACGUCGAGCCCAGGGCGAGAUGAUGGCCCUCAAGUCAUCCUCGGAUAAUAAAGUCGAUAAGCCCCUCCUCCGCAACCUGAUGGUGGGCUACUUCGCCACGCCCCCAGACAAGCGUCCCGAGGUGCUGCGCAUUCUGGCCGAGGUGCUAGACUUCUCUUCCGAGGAGCGCGCCAGGACGGGCCUCCUCGCUCACGAAGGGGGAGGGUCGUGGCUCACGUCCCUGGCCCACUUCCUGGCGCCGCCCGCGAGUAACGUGAGGGUCACGUCGAGGGUGGAUGUGCUCGAUCACACGUCUCUCUCGCAAGCCUUCAUCCGUUUCCUCGAGGAUGAGUCUAACCCCCAGCCUCACCCCCCCCGCCUGCCUGCCGUAGAGAUGGCGGAGGACACGGAGAGGAAGAAGAAGAGGAGGGACAGGAGGGAGAAUGAGAUGAUCCUCCCCAUCGCGGCCAUCUCGGCAGAGCAGAACGCGACGGCCACAGACCCCCAGAGAGCCAACCUCAACUCGUCUCCCUUGCUCGCCGCGGCAUCUACGAGCCCUGGGCCCUCCCCCACCUCCCUCCCCCCCGCCUCCGGGCUACCCACCAUCACCACCCCCCUUGCCGGAAGCUCCCUGCCCCUCCCCCCCUCCGGAAUGUCCCCUCUCCCCCUCUCCGGCACCACCCCCCUCCCCCUCUCCGGCACCACCCCCCUCCCCCUCUCCGGCACCACCCCCCUCCCCCUCUCGGCCACCACCCCACUCCCCCUCUCGGCCACCUCCCCCCUCCCCCUCCCCCAGGGCGACGAGGGGAUGCUUAAGGGGUCGUCCUCGGCAGCGAGUAACAGGUUCCUCAGCAAUCUUUUGAAGGAUUCGCACGAGGCUGACGUUAAUCAUAAUAAUUAAGGAGGAAGAGGAGGAGGAGAGAGAGGAGAGGAGAGAGGAAAGAGGAGGAGGAGAGAGAGA